AUGCUAGAGGAGUUCCGUGUAUCUAAGUCCAGAGGGGUGAGGAAAGUGGUUGGAUCUGAACCUGAUUCAGUGGCCUACCGUGUGAACCCUGCCAUCCACCUACGCAAAACCAUGAGCGAUGUGUACCCCGAUGGCUUGCCCUCCGACUACUCCGUCAUUGCCACAUUUAAGGUGACGAAGGACACCGCCAAGAGGUCCUGGAACUUGUGGCAGGUCAGCGACCCCGAUGGACGUGAACAGGUGGGCCUCCGUUUUCAGGGUGACACAUGCUCUCUGGACUUCUUCUACACCAGCCCCCAUGGCACCCAGAUGCUACGCACAUUCCACCAGGUGGACAAGCUGUUUGAUGGAGAGUGGCACAAGCUGGCGCUGCAGGUCAAGGCCGAUAAGGUCAAGUUGCUGGUGGACUGCGAGGAGGUGAGCGUGGAGCCCAUCGGUGAUCCUAGACCCGUCAUCCGCCAGGGUUACACCUCUAUCGUGAAGAGGGCUGUGGGAGAUCGCUCCGCCUCAGUAGACCUCCAGCAGAUGGAUGUGUCCUGUGAUCCAGAGAAGGCCUACUCAGAAGGCUGCUGUGAGCUCUCCAGUGUGUGUGGCGGGCAUGCUGAGAUUGGCCUGACAGCAGGAAGGGCCACCUGUAAGUGUAUGCACGGACAGCCUGGCAACCAGGGACCCCCAGGACCGAAGCAUUGGACCAGGCUGGAGAGCCAACUUGGCAUGGCUGGGUUGCGGUCCAGGCUAAUGCUAACUACUCCAACUGUAUGUCUCCUUCUGCAGGGUCAUAGAGGUCUCCCAGGCAACACAGGAGAGCCAGGAAGACUAGGCAACUGGGGAGGUAUGGGACAGACAGGUGACUAUGGCCACAUUGGAGAGCCAGGCCCUAAGGGCAUCGCAGGAAUCAGCGGGAACAAGGGGAUGAGAGGACUUCACGGCCUUGAUGGCGACAGAGGUCCCAAAGGUCUGAAGGGAUUAAAUGGCGCUGGGGGCUUCAAGGGAACUCAGGGGUCACCUGGAGAGCUGGGUGAGACCGGAGUACAAGGAGAAACGGGUGAUCCAGGUCCACUUGGAUAUGAAGGAAUUCCAGGAUAUACAGGAGUGAAGGGAGAAGAAGGGGCCUCCGGUGUUGAAGGACCUCAUGGGCCACAGGGAAAGCAGGGUGUUGUAGGUGAUCCUGGAGAGUCAGGAGUUGCUGGGGAAAAGGGAAAACCUGGAACCCAAGGAUCAAAAGGAAGAUAUGGCACCAUUGGACAAAAGGGCAUUAUAGGAGAUCCUGGUUUGCCCGGGAGAGAUGGGGACAUGGGAAUAGAGGCUUACCAAGGACCCCAGGGCCCCGAGGGCAGAAACGGACAAUUCGGAAUAAUGGGAGAGAAAGGAAUGCUGGGGCCGGCAGGGGAGAUGGGGCCUCAAGGCCAAACGGGCCCCAGAGGUUAUAAAGGAUCAGCAGCAAAGCCAGGAAGACCCGGAUUUAUUGGACCCCCAGGACCUGUCGGGCAUGUGGGAGUAGCUGGCCGGCCAGGCCCCAAGGGAGAUAUAGGCAUUGAAGGGAUCCAAGGUGUCAAUGGUGAAACGGGAGAAAAAGGAGAAAAGGGCCCCAAAGGCGAGGUUGGAGACGCGGGUGCACAGGGUCCCCACGGUGGUCGGGGGAAGCGUGGGCCAGGGGGCGAGCCUGGACGCACAGGCCCAGUCGGAACAAAGGGGGUCCGUGGCGAUGGAGGACCAGUCGGAUUUCAGGGGCCGCCAGGGCCACCGGGCCCAACCCUCUCCGCACAACACGUGAUUGAGGUCUGCAAGAGAGUGGUGCUGGAACAGAUGUCCACCUUUGCCAACUCGGUGAAGAGGACGUGUGCCGCCGUGUGCCCACUCUAUGGAGACGUCCCCUUGGGUGCCCCCGGUCCCUCUGGACAAAAAGGACCCCCGGGACCUCCAGGUGGUGAUGGUAUUGCCGGUGUGAAUGGAGAGAUCGGACAACCAGGAUUCUAUGGGGAGGUAGGAGACGCAGGCCAACAAGGACAGCCAGGGGAUCAAGGAGAUCAAGGAGAUAAGGGAGCAGAGGGCCAUGGCCUACCUGGCUACAUCGGGGACCAGGGUCCAAAGGGCCAACGUGGAAGACCUGGCAGAGCCUUCAAUGGCACACCAGGACGAGAGGGCGAGAGAGGCCAUGUAGGCCGGCCUGGACUGAGAGGUCACCCAGGACUACGAGGAGUCCCAGGCGUGUGUCAGACCACUGGGUGCGCUCUGCUAAACAACAACACAACCAACGGAUCACCUCAGAAUGCACCCCAGAGGUUGAGAAGACACCCAUAGAGGCAAAGAGGACACUUUUGACCAAGCUGCAUGGAUGUAUUAAUAAAGGGAGAGAGGAGGACAGGAGGAGAGGGGGAG